CAAUAAAUAUUGUUAUCGUAUUCUCUAGUUUUCUCAUAAAACAUAGAAUUACUUUAGAUAUAGUUAUUAAAAAUGAAGUGCACAAUAACGGUUGUUCUAUUGUCAAUCUUAUUUAACUUAUGCUUGACUACUUUAUCUCCUCCUUCUGAUAAAAAGACUCAAAAGAAUGUAAAACCACAGGAAGGUGCUAGGAAAAAUAAUGUAUUAGAUCGUAAAUUAGUGGUUGAAAAUGCUUACGUGAAGGAUAUCCUAAAAUAUCACGCAACUUACCAUCAGGAUGUUUCAUUUAGGAACUUUAAAAACCCAGUAUUGGGAUAUGUGACGCCUUGGAAUAGCAAAGGCUAUGAUGUUGCAAAAACAUGGGCUCCAAAAUUCAACUACAUUUGUCCUGUUUGGUUACAAGUCAAGAGGCAAUCACCCAGUGUUUACAUCAUAUCUGGACUACAUGAUGUUGACCAUGCAUGGAUGAAGUCUGUAAGACAAAAAGGUUCCCAGAGUAACUUGAAAAUUCUUCCAAGGUUGCUGUUUGAGAAUUGGCAGCCAUCAGAUCUGAAAGCUUUCUUUAUGGAACCAACAGCAAAUGUAGAACAAGAAGCACUUAUUAAUGAAGUAAAAAAAGCCUGCAAACAGUGGAAGUUUGAUGGUAUUGUUCUAGAGCUUUUCUCUCAAAUUGGAAAGUAUAUCGAGAAAUCUGUAAAGUUUAUUCAGAAAUUUGGUUUAUCAAUGGAUGACAAUGAUUUUAAGCUCAUCUUAGUUUAUCCACCAUUCCGUGGUUAUCCCAGUGAUGAUUUCUUAGUGCAAGCUUUCAAUGAAAUAUAUCCUUAUGUAGAAGCAGUGUCGGUGAUGACUUAUGACUUUUCUAACCCACAGAAACCAGGUCCAAACGCACCACUGAAUUGGAUAAGAUUGUGUGUUGAAAAACUAAUGAACAAUGAAGAUAGUACAGAGAAGAAAUCUAAAAUCCUAUUAGGAUUAAAUUUCUAUGGAAAUGCUUAUACUGUUAAUGGAGGUGGUCCUAUUGUUGGCACAGAGUAUAUUGAACUAUUGAAGAAUGCUAAAAAUAAUCAAGCACUCACAUAUAAUAAUAAGACAGGGGAGAAUUACAUCGAAAUCAGGACUCCACAGGGUGCGAAAAAGAUUUUCUACCCCUCUCUUUACUCAAUACACAAGAGAUUAGAACUUGCGCAUAUGUAUGGAACUGGAAUAGCUAUAUGGGAAUUAGGACAAGGUCUUGAUUACUUCUAUGACUUAUUUUAAUUCAUUUUUAUACUAAGUCAAAUAUUCAAAUAUAUUUAACAAAUAACAAAGACA